AGGAAAUUCCCUGCCUUAGAGUGAGAGAACUGUGACUGCACAUCCCUACGUUGGUCACCGAGCAGAGAGAGGACAAGAGGCUCCAUGAAAUUCAUCUUACUGUGUGUGUGGCUGUCCAGUCUGCUGGAUCUGUGCUCUCUGUCACCAAGCUCCCACCAUGACAGUGACAAGAACUGCAAUGGUAAUGUGUGCAACAAGAAUGCUACCUGCACAGUGGUGGGCGGGAAACUCGGAUGCUACUGUAAUGCAGGCUUCACAGGAGACGGAGUGCGUCACUGCGAAGAUGACGAUGAAUGUCAGAAUGCAACCUUGACAUGUGGACAGAAUGCGACCUGCACCAAUACACAUGGGAGUUAUUACUGCACGUGCGUAGAAGGCUAUGUGUCUUCACAACAUAAGAAAGAGUUCACUCCGAACGAUGGCACCACUUGCCAAGAGAUUCCAGAGACGCCCUGCCAUUUAAAUAAUGAAUGUCUUUCUGGAAGGAUUAAUGAUACCUUGCAUCAGAUUAGCAGCAUCAAAGAACCACGUGCUGUUCUGGAGGCGAUUGCUCGAAACACCACUGGAGGCCUUUCAGCCACUGAUGUCCUUUUAUAUGUUGAAGUCCUCUCAAGAUCAAUCCCAACGCUGAGUGCAAUCAACGAGACGAUACCCGACAGAAGAGAGAUCACCAAUGCCACGAUGAAGGCACUGGUUAAGACAGUGAACAAUCUUUUAAGACCAGAUGAAAUGGCAGUGUGGAAUGAAAUUGGAGAUAAGGAAAGGAGGAGAAGUGCCACAAAGCUGCUCCACGCUAUGGAGACAUCGGCCCUUGGCAUCUCACAUCACUUGAAAAGGACGACGGAGCUCGUAUUUAAAGAGAGCGAUGUUGCCCUUAAACUAUACGCUUUUGAUUUAAGCCGUGAUAAGCAGCUCCGUCCUCAUGCAAAUCUGAAUGGGAAUCACUUAAGUAUCUCUCAACGGAAAACUGAAAUGGCCAGCUACAAUGGGACGCUCACCAUCAUUUUCCUGCAGUACAGCAGUAUUGGCUCACUCUUUAGACUGUCUAACAGCUCGCAGGACGGGGACCACAAUGGGACUGCGAUACGACUGAACAAUGUGGUCAACUCGCCCAUUGUUGCUGCAGCAAUCAAAGCGAACCCUCCAUCUCUGUACCUCAUGGAUUACAUAGUGUUCACCCUGAAGCACCUCGAGCCUCUGGAAAAGCAGAAAGCUGUGUGUGUAUUUUGGAAUUAUUCCACUGUCAGCAUGGAGGGUGAGUGGGCCACAGAAGGUUGCAAGACCCUCCACUUCAAUGCCACGCACACCACGUGCAGAUGUAGCCACCUGACCAAUUUUGCGGUUCUGAUGUCUUCCUUCCAGAUCAGUGAUGUCCUACAUAAUAAUAUCCUGACACGGAUUACCCAGCUGGGGAUUAUUGUGUCCUUGAUCUGUCUGUCAAUGUGCAUCUUUACCUUCUGCUUCUUCAGUGAGAUUCAAAGUACGAGGACAACCAUUCACAAGAAUCUCUGUUUCAGCCUGUUUAUUGCAGAGUUGCUGUUUCUUACUGGCAUUAACAUGAACAGUAAUAAGCUUGUCUGCUCCAUUGUAGCUGGACUGCUGCAUUACUUUUUCCUGGCCGCCUUUGCCUGGAUGUGCAUUGAGGGCAUUCACCUUUACCUGAUUGUGGUCGGAGUCAUUUACAACAAAGGGUUUCUGCACAGGAAUUUCUACAUCUUCGGAUAUGGCAGCCCUUCCGUCGUCGUGGGAAUCUCGGCAAUUCUUGGCUAUAAAUACUACGGCACGGAUAAAGUUUGCUGGCUCAGCACAGAAAACAACUUUAUAUGGAGUUUCAUUGGCCCGGCAUGUUUAAUCAUUUUGGUUAAUCUACUGGCAUUUGGAGUCAUUAUCUACAAAGUAUUCCGACACACUUCCAUGUUGAAACCAGAAGUGAGCUGCUAUGAAAAUAUUAGAUCAUGUGCCCGUGGUGCAAUGGCAUUACUCUUCCUCCUUGGAGCUACCUGGACCUUCGGUGUUCUGCACAUUAUCAUGGGAUCCAUGGUGACAGCAUAUUUGUUCACUAUCUCUAAUGCAUUCCAAGGGAUGUUCAUCUUUAUAUUUCUCUGCAUCCUAUCAAAGAAAAUCCAGAAAGAGUACUACAGAUUAUUUAAAAAUGUGCCCUGUUGCUUUGGGUGCCUGAGAUGAGGUGCUUUGAGAAUGAAAGGCGAAGAUGAAAUGGCAGAAGACAAAGAGAAGAAAGGAUGCAUUUCUGAAGAGACACAAGCAGCGUUGAUUUGUUAAAAGAUUAUAAUUUAUUUGAAGCUUUAAAUUGGAUGUUGGAUGGGAUGGAGGGGGCACUGUGUGCAGUAUUCCUUAGAAUCUUUACAACUCAACAUGUCUUCACAUGUACCUGUUUCAUCCUGUAGCUUUGAAGUCUGUUUACGUAGCUUAGAUUGUUGGUGGUAACAGCAAAGGAAAGCUGAGAGGCUUCCUGUGAUGUUCCUGACUUACUGGAGAUCUUUAAACAAUUAUACUGUCAGAACAGCCAGUCAGCAAUGUAGAGGAAUGUCAUCUUAAAUGCGCAAAGAUAUCACCCACCAGGACGGAGAGUUGUGACCUUCAAGUUUACGUUUUAAUACUUGCAGUAGCACAAUUCCUCUUGUAAUAAAAAAGCAGACAAUUGCCUGUUGUUCACAGUAGUCAUUUGGGAAGGGGAAUCUCUGGUGUUCAGUUUUUCAGAAUGUGACUUGAUAAUUAUGGAAUAAAAUCAGACCUUCUCCCAGUUUUCAUUAAACAAGGAAUUUUUCCCCUUCUCUCCCCAAUCUAGCCUGGUUCUUUAUUUAAAAAAAGGAGAGGAACCAAAUCAGUUCUCAUUCAAUAAUAAAAGGAAAGGGUGAACACAGAGAAGGAGACAUAGGAACUGGUUUCGUCAUUGGACAGAAGAAAGCCACUCAGCCUAUCAUAAGAUGUGUGGUCCCUUUCUCAUCGGACUGUCAGGUAUAGGCCAACACAUUCUUCAUUGCAUCAAGUAAUUUGGUAUCCUAAAACAGCCUGCACUUAAUCCAUGACUAGUAUUUCCUGCAGGGCACUAAAUAGCCAGAUUAGUCUCACACUGCUUCACAAGAAUAUUGCAGCAAUUCAAAAAGGUAGCUUAUCCCCAACUCCAAUACCCUGAAUUUAUUAUUGAGUUCAGCACCUUCAGAUUGUGAACACAUUCCCAUUCCUUCCCUUUCUUAUAGCUUUAAUUGUUAUAUUCUCUCCCACGAUACAUGUCCUCUCUCCCCUUCCCCCACCCCAGUGGGACUGCCUGUCCUUUCCAGUCUGGUGUUUCAACACACCAUGUUCUUUCAUUCUCACAUUCCGAUCACUUAAUCUGAACUAUCAACAUCCUUGCUCCCCCAGCACUCCAUCCUCCUCCAUUAUUUCAUAAAUGUUGCCCCCCCCCCCCGCCCACAUUUCACGUCAGCUCUGGUGAAGAGUCAUCUAGACUCGAAAUGUUCAUUUGGCUCUCUCUCUCUAUGGAUGCUGCCUGACCCACUGUGAUCUCCAGCACUUUUUUGUUUUCAGGACAGUAAUUGGUGAUCUUACUGGCAAUGUCCAUAUCCCACAAUCCACCAAUAUCAUUUUGCCUGCUAUACUAUCAGCUUUUCUCACUUCUUAAAAAUUUUUCAAUGGAAUGCGGGCAUCAUUGCUGCCCAAUCCUAAUGGACCUGAAGUGAUCGAGUUAAGACUCAAUGACAUUUCUGUGGAUCUAGAAGGGUAGACUAGGUGAGGAUGGCAGAUUCCAGUAAUUAAAUAACUCACAGUGGUUUGAUGUUAUCUAUUAUUCAAUUAUUCAUUUAAUUUAAAUUCCAUCAGCUGCCCUAGUGGGAUUCGAACACUUGUACUCAGAGUAUUAGCCUGACCCUCUCAGUUAUUAAACAUGUGAAAUUACUACUUCAUCACCAUCUUCCCAUCUGUUAUGAACCACAGCUAACAGUGAUGGAGCAGUGCGUCAUGACCCUUCAUGCCUUCCUCCCCAAGUUAGUGAACUCUAUAGAAAUCUUGUGGAGCACUGAGACAGCUGUUAAGAAAAAAAAACAAAAAAUAUUUCAGAUUUACUAAGAAUUCUGAUCUAUUGUGAGUAAAAGGGAUAAUCAAUGGCUAAUGUAUGAGACAGGUAUUAAACAAGGUGUUGGAUCAUGAUAAAUUUUGAAAUUUCAUGACAAUCAUUCCUCUGGCAAAAAGGUGAAGUUCAUUCAAUACCAGUAACUUCCAUCUAUGAGAGAGGAAUCUGUCUAAGGGACGACCCUUUAAAGGUGAGGUACCUGUUGAAUCUGUGGAACUCACUGCUGCAGAAAGCUGUGGCAGCCAAGUCAUUGAGUGUCUUUAAGACAGAGAUGGAUAGCUUCUUGAUGAGUAAGGCGAUCAAGGGUUAUGGGGAGAAGGCAGGAGAAUGGACAUGAGAAAAAUGCCAACUAUGAUCAAAUGACAGAGCAGACUCACUGGGCUGAAUGACCUAAUUCUGCUCCUAUAUCGUAUCAUCUUAUUCUUUGAACAACACUGUUUGAGGGAUAAGGUCUCGAGUGCAACUCUAAGGUGUCCUAAAGCAAAUUAAUUUCUGCCUACAAAGGCAAAUGAAGCCUCAGUCUCUACCAAAGGAUAUUAGGAAAAUCUUUUCUGCUGUCUGGUGUAGGACAGACCACAGCAUUAACUUUUCAGCCUCCACCCAGUAAUUCAAAAGCCAGUUGUGUUUCUAACUGAGCCAAGGUGGAAUACAGCAAUAAGUCAAUGAUGUUGCAAUAUGGAUCAAUUUGUGUUACCCAUUGUGGAGACAAUUAGUCCAAUGAGUGUAACAAUCAGAAUACUGUAGCUGGAUGCUUCAAUCUGUUACCUUAAUGUAAUUCGAAGUGAAUUUUAAUUAAAAAUGUAAUCCACUUCACAACAUGUCUUGAUAUUCAUAAUCAAAUAAAAAAUUCAUAACUU